AUGGAGGAUCAAGGCGUCUUGGAAGCAGUCGAGCUAGUGGCCGGUGCGGCCAUCAACGAGAAGAAGGACAAGAAGGCGAGGUCGCAUCUCUUUCAAAUGUUGAAGAGCGACUUCAACAUCAUGCGCAUGCAGAAGGGAGAGACGCUGAACCAGUAUGCUGGAAAGCUCAACACCAUGUUUGUCAGGUACACCAAUCAGGGGGAGACGCUCGACGAUGCUAUAUUGGUCAAGAAGCUAUUUGACACCGUGUCGGAUUGUUUCUUGAGUGUGAUCAUCGGGCUCGAGCAGUUCUAUGACCUUGACACCAUGCCAUUCGAGGAAGUCAUGGGGUGGUUGAAGACUUUUGAAGAAUGUGCUCACCCACGUGCAUCCAGCAGCAACAGCAAUGGCGACAGUCAGCCUUUUCUCACUCAGGCUGAGUGGCAGGUGCGGCAGAAGAAGGACGAUGGUGACUCGUCAUCAAGCAACAAGGGCAAAUACCACCCUCCUUCAGAUAGCAACCGCGGUCGGGGUGGUCUUGGUUGUGACAGAGGCCAUGGCAGAGGUGGUCACGGUGGUACAUUGCAUAAUUACAAGGAGAGCGGCUUGGGCGGUGGUCGCCGCAACAAGAGUCACAUUAAAUGUUACAAUUGCUACAAGAUGGGGCACUAUACGAAUGAGUGCAUGGCACCAAAGAAGAAGGAGGAAGAGAAAGGAGAGACACACCUCACACGUACUGAUGACACCGAGCCGACCUUACUGCUCGCAAUGUCAGAGGAGACUGCACUGUGGCUACAGCAAAGGCGGGAUGUCUUGUUGCUGAAUGAGGAGAAGUGA